AUGUAUCGUGGUCUUGUGCAAUCGGCUUUGCUUGCAGGCUCUGCCUUAAGCAUCUUUGCGGCGGCCAACCCGGUCCUCCCUCGUGGCGACUCUUCGACCGGAUGGGGUACAUCCUCUGGCUGGGGAUAUGGCUCUGGCGUUGGGAGCACACCUGUUGGAGGAUGUUCCGCGGGGCCUACGACUACUUUGACAGUGACGCUGCCUAACGGCCCAAGCUCUUGCCCAGCUCUCCCGCCUCCAUCUACAAUCACCGUGAGCACUUGUCCCGGAACCACCCCCGUCGGCGGAGUUACUGGUUGCUCGAACUCCCCUCCAUCUACGGUUACGGUGACGACCGGAAACCAGUGCCCACCCACCAGCCCCAUUGGCCCAGGAAACUCCUGUCCAGCUGUGCCGCCUUCCACCGUCACCGUUGGCUCGAGUUGCCCUGCAACACAGCCAUGUAGCGGACCAGCAACCGUCACAGUAACUUCCGGACAGAACUGCCCUCCGCCUUCUCCGGGGGCCACCACAACCAUCACAGUGACCAGCCCGGCAAGUUGUCCCACCUGCCCGCCACCAAGCUCACCUAUCGGCCCUUGUGCGACUUCGACUGUGGUUAGCACGCUGAUUUCCACAACAACGAUUGGCGGUGGAAUAUCCACGACCACGGUUGUCAUUCCGGCCCGGACAGUUACCGAAACCACCACCGUUGUCUCCACGGUCCCCGGACCUGGGGAGACUACUACCGUUGUCUCUACAGUUCCAGGUCCAGUACAGACCACCACUGUGGUUUCGACAGUGCAGGCUCCCGGCCAAACCACUACUGUUGUCUCAACAGUUCAGGCUCCUGGCCAAACUACUACUGUCGUCUCUACAGUGCCCGGUCCGGCAGAAACAACCACGGUCGUCUCUACAGUUCAAGUUCCAGCUUCGACCACCACCGUCAUUUCAACGAUACCAGGCCCUGUUCAAACACAAACCGUCACGACUACCGAAGUCGGCCCAGGACAGACAGUCACUAGUACCCUCACCGUGCCAAAUGGGCCUCCCGCAACCGUGACGACUACAGUGUCCCAACCUUGUGGUCCCGGGGAGACAAUCACUGUGACUGGACCAACGACUACUGAGAAAUGCACCAACGUGGGUCCAGGCCAGACCGUCACAGUCACCGGGCCCAUUGUGACCAUUGGGCCUACCACUACCGUUACCAGCACGGAGAAAUGUACCAACGUUGGACCGGUGGGUACCUCGACCUGCGCCACCAUCACCAAAUGGUCUACGAUCGGAGGUGGAUAUGGUGGGGACUCCUCAACCGAGUCCGCUUCAACUACGGGCUGGAGCAAGGGUGGAUGGAAAAGACAAUGGUAA